AUGUCUACUCUCCUGGAAAACAUCACUGCCAUCAUCAAACUAUUUCACGAAUAUUCAAAAACAGAUAAGGAGACUGACACAUUGAGUGCAAAAGAGCUGAAGGAACUUCUGGAAGCAGAGUUUCAGCCAAUCCUGAAGAAUCCAGAUAACCCAGAUACUGCUGAUGUUUUCAUGCAUAUCCUCGAUGUAGAUCACAACCAUAAAAUAGACUUUACAGAGUUUUUCCUGAUGGUAUUCAAGUUGGCUCAAGCAUAUUAUUAUACCCAGAGACCGAAUUUCAAG